CUGCCUCCUCCUCCGUCCCUCCUUCUCUGCUGCCUCACUUCUUCCCUGAGUAGCAGCAGCAAAACGCUGGACUGGAUCUCCGUUAGCCGGCAGCACAGACUCAUUUCUUCACACACCAGCUCUGAGUGAAUGCUCAGCAGGGGUGUUUGAGAUAUUAGCGUACUGUGGGGAGAAACGGCUCAGGGACUUCUUCCAACCAACCUACGAAGUGGAAAACAGAGAUGUCAGGGCUCCACGUUUAGAAGCAGCUUGUGAUCGGUGAACAAGAAGGAGUUUGGAGAUUGUUGCUACAGCCUGACCUAGCCAGCAGUUUGGAGGAAUAUGGGCAAAUCCGAAAGCCAAAUGGAUAUCAUGGAGAAAUCAAGUAAAGCGUUGAAGCGCCGUUGGACUGUUGCAGAAAUCAGUCUGUCUGUUCUGCUGCUGAUGGUAAGCUGUGCGCUGGUGGGGCUGGUCGUCCUCUACACAUCAGCUGUGAAAGAACAAUCAAACAGGCCUGGUGUUUCCAGGAGCUCCACAGGUGAAGGCCAGAUGUUUUGCUCCAACCUCAACAAUGUGUGCACGACUACAGACUGUGUCACUGCAGCUGCUCGACUCUUGCAGAACAUCGAUAAAUCUGUGAAGCCUUGUGAUAAUUUCUACCAGUACGCCUGCGGAGGUUGGCUGGAGCGGCAUGUCAUUCCCGAGACAAGUUCCCGCCACAGCGUCUUUGACAUUCUGAGGGACAAGCUGGAGAUUGUCCUCAAAGGUGUUCUUGAGACAUCGAGUGAGCAGGACAGAGACGCUAUCAAGAAGGCUAAAAUCCUUUACAGCUCCUGCAUGAACGACAGCCUGAUAGAGCAGCGGGACUCACAGCCCCUCCUGAAGCUCAUCGACAGUAUUGGAGACUGGCCUGUGGCAUCAGAGGACUGGAACACCACAACAGAGGAAGCCUGGAGCCUUGAGGACACACUGGCAAUGCUUACUGCUCAUUUUCACAAGAAGGUGGUCCUGGACCUGUAUGUGUGGACGGACGACCGGGACUCUCAGCGCCACAUCAUCUAUAUCGAUCAGCCAGGACUCGGAAUGCCAUCUAGAGACUAUUACUUUAAUGAUGGGAACUACAAAAAGGUUCGGGAGGCCUACCUACAUUUCAUGGUGUCUAUUGCGAAAAUAACUCGAGAGGACAAAAAUUUGACUCAGGACGACGACAGAGUCUGGGAGGAAAUGAUGCAAGUGCUGGAGCUGGAGACAGACAUUGCUAAUGCUACAUCACCAGCAGAGGAACGCCAGGAUGUCACUGUUCUGUACAACAAGAUGACACUUGGGGAACUGCAGAGCACUUAUAAUUUUAAUGGGUUUGACUGGACACGGUUUAUAAAAGGUGUCCUGUCGACUGUGUCCAUUGAUAUCCAGCUUGAUGAGGAGGUUGUGGUGUACAGCUCUCCCUACCUGGAAAAGAUGAACGAUGUCCUCUCCAGACACACUAUCCGAACUAUGCAGAACUACCUCACCUGGCAGCUCAUCAUAGACAGAGUUAAUAGCUUGAGCCGCCGCUUCAAAGAUGCCAGGGCCCGCUACAGAAAGACUCUAUAUGGGACCACUGUGGAGGACGCUUGGUGGAGAGAAUGUGUCCGUUACGUCCAGAGCAGUAUGGAAAAUGCAGUUGGAGCUUUGUAUGUGCAUGAAACAUUUGCAGGAGAAAGUAAACGAAUGGUUAGUGACCUCAUCAGUAAGAUCCAAACAGCUUAUGUAGAAACACUGGAGGAGUUGAGCUGGAUGGACGCACCAUCCAAAGAAAAAGCAAGAGAAAAGGCUAUGGCUAUAAAGGAACAUAUUGGCUAUCCGGACCAUAUUCUGCAGGAAAGCAACCAGAAGUUAGAUCAGGAGUACGCUCAUCUAAAUUUCAGUGAGGAUCACUAUUUUGAGAACAUCCUGGAGAACCUGAAGUCUGAAGCACAAAGGAGUCUGAAGAAGCUCAGAGAGCCAGUGGAUCCUGAUCUGUGGAUCAUUGGUGCUGCUGUGGUGAAUGCAUUUUACUCACCCAACAGAAACCAGAUAGUGUUUCCAGCAGGAAUCCUGCAGCCACCUUUCUUUAGUAAACAUCAGCAUCAGGCCCUGAACUUUGGAGGAAUAGGAAUGGUUAUUGGACAUGAGAUCACUCAUGGAUUUGAUGACAAUGGACGCAAUUUUGACAAGGAUGGUAAUAUGCUGAACUGGUGGAGCAAUUACUCUGCUGACCACUUUAAGGAGCAGUCACAGUGCAUGGUGCAACAAUAUGGCAACUUCAUCUGGAACCUAGCGGGUGGACAAAAUGUUAGUGGAAUCAGUACUUUGGGGGAGAACAUUGCAGACAAUGGAGGGGUUCGUCAGGCGUAUAAGGCUUAUCUAAAGUGGGUGGAAACAGAGGGUGAAGAACCUCGACUGCCUGGCCUAGACAUGGAUCAUAAACAGCUUUUUUUUCUAAACUUUGCUCAAGUGUGGUGUGGUGCCUAUCGGCCUGAAUACGCCAGCCAGUCCAUAAAGACGGACUCGCACAGUCCGUUAGAAUACAGGGUGCUUGGAUCGCUCCAGAAUUUCGAAGCCUUCUCAGAAGCCUUUCAGUGCCCGAUAGGCAGUCCUAUGAACCCUGAGCAGAAAUGCCGUGUCUGGUAGAAAUCCCACUACUUUUUGUUUUUGGCAACUUAAAUCAAGAGAACAAGUUUAACUUUUUAAGAAACCUUGCUGACAAAUGAUGUAGAGUUAUCCAAUGCAGAGCAAUGACUCAAACAUAGACCCAGAUGUGUGGUUGUUUAAAACCUGUAUGAUAUCAUGGACUACACACUUGUUUCCUACAUACCUAAGUCGAGUUGUUGGAAGAGUUGUCUCUGGUUGAGGAGGUCACUUGUUCUUUUUCUUGUAUCCUAGUAAAGAAAACAAGUGGGUUCAUUAAUAAAAAAGCCUACAUUUAAAACACAUGACAUUGAGGGAGGGUUAAAGCCUGCCUGGCUGGAUUUAAAGCUUUGAUGAACAAAUCAUUAAAAAGUCAUCUUUAUAUAGGUCUUUCUGAUGUAUCUGGUCACAUCUUGGCCUGAAGUUGCCUUUGUAAGGUCUUAUAUACUGCUUCUAGGACAUAGUGCCACUUUAGAGAGAAAAUGAUUGAACAAAUCUCUGUUUGAAAGGGUAUAAAAUAAAUGUAAGGGGCUUUGCUAAAGUAAAGCCACAGCGAAUUAGACACAGAAGGUUUGGUCACUGUCAUGUAAAAACAAAUCACCUAGAGACUUUAAGACUGUUAAACCUUUGCAGCUUUACGUUUUAAAUUAGCAUUCAUAUUGAACUGUGGCUUUGCAUAUUUUUUACACUAAACAUUUAGCAUUUACAAAGCAAUCCAAAUCUUUUUCUCUCCAUUUCUGCAGACGAUUGUUAGCCCACAUUUAUUGCAGAAAUCAUCAAGAUUGCAAGAGGAGGGUUUGCUGGUAAUAAUUGGAGAGAGAAGUUCUCCUAGUUUAGAGGGGUUCUAGAUGUUGAGGCCUGAUGCCUUCCAUUCAUAGCUUUCACAUUUUUAUUCAUUCACACUUGGAUGAACAAUUAAAACUUCUGUUCAGUUUGUCAGAUCAUCCAAUUUGUAUAGUAUCUUUUCCAAAAUCACUGCUGACUUGUUGUAAACCUGAUCUCCAGAGAGGAAAGAGUAAUUGCAUGAUUUUUAGCCUCAAUGCACAGGCAGUUACAUGAAAGAGAAAGGAAACCUCUUCAAUACACACAUGGAAGUGCAGGAGAUGAUGAAGCCUUCUGCCUUCUGACUUCACACUGAUCAGUUCGCUGUAAGAUGAAAGGAAAGGUUCAGUCUGCCAAAACGAGACGACCGCUGCAGCCAAUUGGCGAAGCCGAAGGCCACAUCACUAAAGAUUGUUGCCAUUUAGAAGAUUGGCCAGGACCCGGACUGUUAUUUUCUACCCUUAUUAACAGGUAAUGACAGGAGAAUCAAAGCCGAACCUACAUCAUAUUACAUGCCGGCUGAGCAGAGCUUUCAAACGCAGUAGAAAAGCGCAGCCAAUAGACAGCUGGUUAGAAUAUUUGCUGUCGCGCAUUAAAUUUAGGAUGCCUUGGUAAACUGAACAUGACUGUUAGGUCUCGACAGAGACUGCAUUAUUGAAUGUGAAUACUGAUAAUUUAUAGUCUGUCUCCUAGUCUUCACCUCCUGGCAAAUACUGUUGAAAUAAACAUGAUAGGGUAGGGAAAUUCAAAUGACAGAUGGUUCUCCUCAUAAAAGCUGAUGCGUGUACUGCUAAAUUACAGGUGCAUCUCAGUAAAUUAGUAUAUCAUCAUAAAGUUAUUUUAUUUUAGUAAUUCAGUUCAUAAUGUGAAACCCAUAUGGAUGGAUUGCACAGAAUUAUACACUUCAAGAGUUUCUGUUAAUUUUAAUGUUCAUGGCUUAGAGUGAAUCCAUCCAUCGUCUGUAUACCCACUUGUCCCUGCAGGGUGGCGGCGGGGGGAACAGAGACACAUAAACCAUGCAUGCACACACUUACUCCUAAAGCAAAUUUACAGAGAGUAUUUAAAUCACUUAUUAAGCUGGAGUACCCAGAAAGAACCCAUGCAUGCAAACUCCUUACAAAAAGGCCCUAGCCAGGAUUCAAACCCAGGACUUUCUGGCUGCAAGGCAACAGCACUAACAACUAUACCACUGUGCAAACAUCCUGCUUACAGCAAAUGAAAACCCAAGAUUGAGUUUCUCAGGAGGUCCAAGAAAAGUACAAUCAUUUAGGGUUGUGCUUAUUAUAUUUUAUUUACUAUUUUCCUUCCACUAAACUUCCAUUAAUAUGCUUAGAUGCAGCACACUAUGAACAGCCAACCACUUUAGAAACUACCUUUUUUGGCUUUCCCUUCUUUCAAGGCUGUCAGUGACUGUCUGCUGGGCAACUGUGAAGUCAGCAGUAUUCCCCAUGAUUUUGUAGGCCAUAAUAUAAUUGUUUAAAAAAAAACAAAAUUUGAGAAACAGAAUCACUCUGUUUGUAAUGAAUCUAUGAGUUAAGUUUUUUAAUCUAAUUACUAAAAUCAACUUAAAGCCGAUUUUCUUAUUUACUGAGUCACUUGUCAAGUAAAUGUUUGACAUUUGAGAAAUAUACUCCACCUACAAUAUAAAAUUAUACUAAAUAAGUAUUAUAAUGGACGUCAAAAUGCAUGGAUACUUCCACUAAACAUUCACAUAUUAACUGGUUUUAGUUGGUGCAAAUGAAGAGAGCUGUGUUGUUCUUUACAGGCAGUUGUUUAAUUGUUUUGCCCUAAUUUUACCAGAAUAUCUUCCAUGGAUUAAGAAUUUACUGAUCGUUGAAUUUGGCCGUGUGUGUCAAAUGAGAGUAACCCAGAUUUUUAAUUUAUCAUUUCAUUUAGAAAUGCUCAGAAUGUACCAGAAAUACAGAAACUUCCACAGUUACUGGCCCCACUCUAAAGAUGUGUAAAAAACCUUCCAACGGAUGUCUUUUACUGUGGUUGUAUAAUCUUUAGCUUAGCCUACAGGCUAAGGCUCUGUAGGGUUUAGGUGGGGCACUGAGAUUCACCAAAAAAUGUUUCAGCCUUUCUAUCUCUAUCAGGUCAUCUGUUUUGAAUCAUUAUCCUGCUGAAAUAUCCACUGGAGACCCAUUUCCAGUUUACUUGCAGAUUCCAUGAGACUUUAUUUAGAAUGACCUGAUUUUUCAUGAUACCGUGUACUUUCCAGGGUUUUUGGGAGACAAACAGGCCCACAGCAUCAUAGCUCCUCCUCCAUACUUUACUGUGGGUCUCAGGUGGCUUUCCCCAUAUUCAUCCUUUAUUUCAUGCCAAACCCACCUCAAUCCUAGUCUAAUUUAGAGAAAGCCCCUUGUUCCCUUUAAAAUCCCAACAGCGUUUAGCAAACUCUACAUGUUUACGUUUGUGAUGGUCCAACAGAAAAUAUGUUUUUGUGACAUGAAUACCAAACAAAUGCAUGGCACAUAGACAUCAUCUAUAAUGGUUGUUGGUGACAGUUUGCUUUGGAGACAUUUUUUAUUUCUCGAACUAUCCUCUUCACUUUGUGUGGGGUCAAGAUAAAUCUGAGUCCUAUUCAGCCUACAGGCCAGUUGCUAAAGAAAUGUACUUCUGUGUCACAUCAUAUUAAUACCUGUGAUCAAGCUGAAAAAGUAAAGUAUAUUUUUAAUUAUCUGCUUCUGUUACAUUUAUUUUCUGGGACUUGACAUUAUUUUAACUGAAAGAAGAUGUGGAUGCCCCCCCUUAAGUUGGGAGUGAGUUACUGCUACGAACUGAGGAGUUUCAUGAAUGGGUGUAGAAUGGAGCAAGAUGUCCAUAGAUGGAUUAAUGCUUCCUCUACAGUGAUAAAGAUGUCUCACUGGUUUUUUGUGUGGAACAGCGAGCAAUGCCAAAGUGGGAUAUAUCUCUCGGUUUGCGUUCCAAACCUCCCCAAGAAUUGUUGUGGGAAGAGAUUGAAAGAAUGAAGUGAGAUCAUAUCUCAAAAGGCGGUUUUGAUGCCUUCAACCAAGGUCUGGAGUCUUCCAGAGCCUUCCAUUCAACCACAAUGAGGCGUGGUGUAAGGAUGGGUGAUAUACUUAAAGAUGCCUCAACACCUGAGAAAAGGCUGGUCUGUAAGGGUUGCACUUGCACAGACAGUGUCUGAAGUUAGUAAAUUGGCAAAUCUUCAACCCUACAGUUAAGAAAAGUCACAAAUGUUUUAAAAGGGCACACACCAAAUUGUAUGCACUAUAUUUUUGUUACAGAUGAAGACUAGAAGAGAAUGCUUGUCAUUUCCCCCCUUUGACAUUUAAUGUAGUUGUAGUUUUGGUCCUUUCAUGCUUGACAAAUUUGGGUCACUCUACUCCCUUGGGCACGAUUUAAAGUAAUUUUCUAUAAUCUACUCAAGCCUACUGAAUGAAAAGGUGGUUAUGUAACACCAAUAAAUGUUAUCCACAAGCAGGAGAUGGCUCAUAAUUAUCUUGGCUUGAUCAGGGGCCAUUAUCUGUCAUAUUAUAUAAGGGUCGGAAAGGCCAAAUGGGGAUCAGAACCACAAUAAUGCAGGUAGGGAGCUAUACAAAAUCUUCAAAAAAAUGCUAUGCAAUUAAAUUUAAAUGCAAGUGAGAAGUGAAAUUUUUUUUAACUAACUGUGUCCAUAAUUCUUUAAAAUGCUGAACCAACAAGAGAAACUAACUCAUAAACAAUGAUUAAGUACGUAGGGUCUUAACAGUAUAUGUUCACGGUUUCAAAAUGGAAGGUGGUCUGGUAAAAAGAUUGAGGUUAGGAAAUAGAAAAGGACGAAUAUUAGCCCUAGAGGAUUGCCACGGAUUAAUUCAGCAUGAAGAAAAGUUGGUAAAAAGAUGGUUUUACUAUCUAGCUCUGUUUUUGUCUACACUGGAGUGUGAUAAACAAGUGAACAAGCGACUUUCUUUGAAAAAUUUAGUUUUUUUAUUUUUAAUUUUUACUUAAUGAGAACAAAAAACAGAAUUUUGUGUCAGGAAUUUGCUGAAGUGCAGAUGAACAAAUGUAAAGACUAGCUCUUUGUGCUAGGCUAGGCUAAGCUAACCACUAACUAGCAGCAGCUUCAUAUUUAACAAACAUGAGUAAAUCCUUCUGAUUAACUCAUUUUCUGAAACCCUUUUAAUAUUUCCCAAACUGUCAAACAGUUAGAAAACAAACAUAAAGGUUGUUAUGAUUGUAGGAAUCAGAGCUGGAGGCUGAAUUUCUGGUUAUGAUGCAGCUUUGGAUUGCUGGUAGAGGAUCAACAAGUUUGAUUCUUGUAUAUUUUUCCUUAAAAACAGUGCAGAUGUUCUAAACUGAACACAGACUUUAUAUAAAAAGAAAAUGUAUCAUUGUAGAUUGUGCAUAAUGCCUGAUAAAAAAUCAGGUAGCAUUGUUUAUGACUUCAGUUUUUCUCACAUUUACUUAAAUAGUGAAAAUGUUGUUAUGAAAUCAUCAGCGAAGUACAAAUGCAAUUAUUUUCUAUAUACUGUAUUAAUCAGUUUCAUCUGUACACCCUUCAGAGAUAAUUAUUUAUCUAAAGAAAUAUUUAUCAAGUAAAACUGUUGUUUUGCAAGACCUCAGAUGUUAAAGAUGUUUCUAUGAAUGUUCCUGCUGCUAUGUAAUUAUCUAGACGGCUAUUUUUGUGACUCAGAUCUGUAAUUAUUGCUAUUAAAGUGACUGUCUCCACUGGUGCAAUAUCAA